UAUAAAAGACCUUCACUGACUUAUCGUUUCAUCAAAGACACUACGAAUGACUGAUCCCACUACACAAGGGGCUAACAACAUGAGUCUGAAUGUGCCCAAAACUGAAGCAAAAACAGGAACUAAAGUCCCUCUCAGGGCCACAGGUCCUGGAUCCCCCCGAAAGGCGGCUCCCAAAUUCAAACAGAGAAACACCCGUCAGUUCAAGAGCAAGCCACCUAAAAGAGGUGUCAUUGGUUUUGGUGAGGAAAUCCCUGGAAUGGAAGGUCUGGGAAUUGACAUCACUGUGAUUUGCCCAUGGGAGGCGUACAGUCAUCUGGAGCUGCAUGAGCUCGCACAGUACGGCAUCAUUUGAAUCUCACAACUUGAUCUUCAGUUCAGUUCAGCUCAUGUGUAUGUUUGUUUGUUUUACCAAAUUGUGUCUUAAAAUGUUGAAGAUCUCUUACCUACAGCAAAUGCAUCUUUACAGUUGUUCAGCUGCCACCAACAGAAGUAUUUUCAGCAAUAAAUA